AUGGCUGCUAUCAGCGAGAAUGUCCAGACUGCCAUCUUGCCGGAUCUGACCAAGACGGCGACUCAAGUCACCACUGUUCAAGUGACCCCUGAGGCAGCAGUACCCAAGCCCCAAACGCGCCCAACUCCCAAGCUAGAGAAUCCUUACACAGAUGAUGUGGCUUUCGCUAGAAUCCUCGAACAAUACUUMCCCGCCGAGGUGAAGAGCCGCGUCGAUGGCGAAAUGAGUGGAGUGGCUCAGUUCGCUAUCUCGAAGGAGGCAAUGGACUGGGUUGCGGAUACCGAACGCUCUCCUCCACAGGUUCAGCACUGGGAUAGCUGGGGUGAGAAGAAGGAUGAGCUCGUUACAAGCCAAGGGUGGAAGAAUGCGUGGCGAUGGGGGAAGACCGAGCGAUUGGCUGCCUUGCCUUCACUCACCAAUGACUAUGAAGGAUACGCCAGAAUAAUUCAGGUGCUAAAGUUGCAUCUGUUUUCCCCGGCUUCCGCGACAUCCAACUUCCACCUGAUCUUGUCUGACGGAGUGGGUACUCUCCUGCUGGCCCAUCUUAAAGACAACAAGCUCGACGAUGCAACCCGAGCCUUGUUCCAGCACGCAUAUGACCGUCUCUCGUCCGCCGACCCAGAUAAAGGCUGGACCUCCGGACUGUGGAUGACUGAGCGUGCUGGUGGCAGUGACUUGACGCCUACCGAGACUACAGCCACCUACUCUCCUCUCGGCCCAGACGAAGAGGCUAAAGACGCGGACGGUUUCCCUCUCGGACCCUGGGUCCUUAAUGGUCUCAAGUGGUUCUCGACUAGCACUGAAGGAUCGAUGGCUGUUGCCGUCGCGCGCACUGAAAAAGGCCUCAGUGCCUUUUAUGUCCCCAUGCGCCGCGCCGCCACUGUCAAUGGUGUGGCCGGUGUCGAGCUCAACGGCGUCCGUAUCCGCCGUCUCAAAAACAAGAUGGGUACCAAGGGUCUCCCUACCGGAGAGCUCGAGCUCAAUGGCAUGCGCGGAUACCUGAUCGGCCGAGAAGGCAAGGGUAUCAAUGAGAUUGGUGUCAUACUCAAUAUCACUCGUAUCCACCUCGCCAUGGUCUCGGUAGGUUACGCAGCCCGUGGUCUUUCAAUUGCCCGUUCCUUCGCACGAGUUCGUAAAGUUGCUCGCGGCACUCGUCUCAGCAGCGUGCCUCUGCACAUGAAGACCCUUGCCAAGGCCCAUGUUGCCUACCGCGCUCAUUUAGCGCUUUGCACGUUUGUUGCGGCCCUGCUGAGCAAGACCGAGCAACAAACAACGCCUCUGAUCGAUCUCGUACCGUCAAACGCACAGGACGCCGGAGCCCUGCUACGACUGCUCGGGUCUGUCGCCAAGGCCACCGCAACCAUGGACUGUGUCGAUGUUCUAAGAACCAGCAUGGAGUCGCUCGGUGGUGUCGGAUACCUUGAAAACGACGAGAUGGGCAUGAACGUCGCACGUGUAUUCCGAGACUGCACUGCCAUCCUCAUUGGUGAAGGCACAACAGAUGUCAUUGCCACUGAUGUCGUCAAGGUCUUGAAGGGACCCAUUGGCGCAUACGUCGCUCAGGCCUACGGCCGCUGGGUCGAGUCUGCAUUGCCCAAGAAGGAGUCCCUUGCUCCCGAAGUGGCGAUAAUAACCCAGCAGUGGACAGAAUUGCAAACUGCCAUAGCAUCGAACUCGAUUGAAUUCAUCACCAGAAAUGGACGAGAGAUUAUGACUCGGGUUGCCACGUUGACUUCUGGCAUCUUGCUUCUUGCUGAUGCUGCACGCGAUGACAAUGCUGUUGCUAUUGCAGUGGCUCGCCGUUGGAUCCAGCCUCCAACCUUGUUGAGCGGAUCGAGCGUAGAAGAAGAGCUUUUGCUUGAUCAGGAAAUUGUAUUCGGCGAUCAGCCAAGAUGGUUGGGUCUUCCAUGA